CUUUAUUAAUGGCGGCCGCGCUGCCCUAGAAGGUUCUGUCGCAUCCCGCUCUGGAUGGUGGGUGCCGGGGUAAAGAAGUGAUGUCCAGCCGGCGGGCCGGGGCCGGGGCCGGGGGGGAACCGCACGUCGCCGCGCUGGUGCUGGCCCGCGGCGGCAGCAAGGGCAUCCGCCUGAAGAACAUCAAGCCGCUCGCCGGCCGCCCGCUCCUCGCAUGGGUGCUCGGCGCUGCCACCGACUGCCGCCGCUUCCACAGCAUAUGGGUUUCAACUGACCACGAUGAAAUUGCGAAAGUAGCUGAAAAAUAUGGAGCUCAAGUACACCGUAGAGGUGCAGCAGCAUCAAAUGAUUCAUCAACUUCUUUGGACGCUAUUAUGGAAUUCCUUGAAGUGCACAAAGAGAUUGAUGUGAUUGGUAAUAUACAGUGCACUUCCCCCUGUCUCAAACCAUCUCACUUGAUCGAAGUGAUACAGAUGAUAAAAGAAAAGGAAUUCGAUUCUGUGUUUUCUGUUGUUCGACGUCAUCAGUUUCGGUGGAUGGAGGUAGCAGAAGGCCAGGUAACCCAACCUGUGAAUUUAAAUCCGUCUAAAAGACCGAGAAGACAAGAUUGGCCAGGAGAGCUCUAUGAAAAUGGAUCGUUCUAUUUUGCUACUGCAGCAUUGAUUAAGUCUGGAUGUCUCCAGGGUGGUAGAGUGGCUUACUAUGAGAUGGCACCAGAGUACAGUGUGGAUAUUGAUGUCGACAUUGACUGGCCCAUUGCUGAACAAAGAGUUAAAAGGUAUGGUUAUUUUGGCAAAAUGAACAAAAUAAGCCUUCUGGUUUGUUCCCGGGACUUGCAGAUAGAACGUGAAUGCAAAGAUCGAAGCUACACAUUGUCAGAUAUGCCAGAAAUAAAAAAAAUGAAGGACAGCAGCAUUCGGGUAAAAUUAAUUGGAGGCUCUGAUAAACAAUGGGACAAAGAGCCGAAGAAAGAAACUGUGGAGAAAUUGAUGAAGGAUAUGAGCAUCAGUUGGGAGAAUGUGGCUUACUUUGGAAAUGAUGAGUCUGAUCUGGAGUGCCUGAAGAAGGCUUAUGUUGGAGGUGCCUCGGGUGACACAGCCUCUCGUGUUUGCGAUGCAGCAGACUUCAUCUGCACCAGCAGAGGUCGAAUCGGUAACGUGGAAGAGUUUGUUGACCACGUGACCCUGCUGACGGAAAAAUACAGAGCUGAGAACCCAGGAGACGACAAUACGUUGGAAGGCAUGAACAAUAAGAAGCAUACGCAUGAAAGCACAAGCCCAUCCAAUGGUACCUGUAUAACAGUCAAAAAAAUCAAAUCGUGAACCAGCUGAGAGAAGAGAGCAAGGAAUGGGUUACCGAUGGAAAAUAGCAUUGUGUACAAUCCAUUGCCUGACAUGGUGAACACUCAGCAAAAAAGCCUGAUUGCUAAUUUCAUAGUCAAGUACUAAAUCUAGCGGUUUCUGACAAAUCUAAUUCAAAUUAUAUUUUAUGUUGUAAGUGUAUGUCCUGUUCCCAUUUCUCUUUCCUUCCCCACUCACUGAUUACGCCCAAAUUUUCAUUGGGGAAGUUAGAUAUUUAGAAUUGUGAAAAUCCAGGACCCUCAGAUAGUGCUGUUAACCAUUUGGUGGGUUGGGGUCAGUCUGAGACCGUCUGAGCUCUAGAACAGAAACUAGCUGCUGAACCCAAGGGAGAAUAGAGUUGUGUACAGUGGGAGGGUCUGUUUACCAUUUUAAUGGCGUUAAAUGGGCCAAUGUAAAGUAGACCUCGCACACACUGGGAGCCGUGCAGUGCAGUUGGAAUUGCUGUUUUGCAGUAUCUGGUUUCAGCCCUGAUCUUGGAUGCUGCUUGUUUGCAGUUUAGACCUUUUCUGUGACUGUGAAGGAUUCCCCUGGGUGCUCCAGUUUUCUCCCACAACAAAGAUGUGCUGAAACAAAAUGGAACUGCAGAUGCUGAUUUAUACCAAAGAUGGGCAUCUCUGAAGAAAAUGGAUAGAUGGCUGUGUUGGGACCUUUCUUCAGACUGAUUGUAGGGAGGAGGGGUGUAGAACUGGAAGUAAGAAAAGAGCAUGACAAAUCGGGGCUGGCAACAGAUGACCUCUGGCAAAGUGGUUCCUUGAUGGGCCAAAUCUUGGCUAGGGACAGUGAGAUCCCAAGAGGGAUACAUCAUUGUGAAUAUCGUACCAAUAUGAAAGUGAAAUGAGGUGCUGUUCCUCCAACUUGUGUGUGGCAUCACUCUGGCAAUGGAGGGAGGCCCAGGACAAAGAUCAGUAUGGAGAAGGGGAGAUAAUGAUUAGCAACCAGGAGAUCCCAAUGUCCUUGACAGACCGAGAGUAAAUGUUCAGCAAGACAGUCGCGGAGUGUAUGCUUGGUUUUGUACCGGAACCCACAGACCUACUGGAACACCGGAUGCAGUACAGCCCCAUCAAAAUAAUCAGUCCAAGAUCCCGAACAAAAAUGUCACCUAUCCAUCAUCUCCGUAGAUGCUGCUUGACCCACUGAAUGGGGAGAUUAAUAAGUAACAAAAUAUAAAGAGGGUAUAAGAUGUAUCUGGGAGUUAGCAUCGACAUAAUGGGUUGGAUGGGCUCCCUGUUGUAAUGAGUUCAAUCAGUUAUUGUGCUACUGACGUGUGAAGCUGCCCUAUGUUUAAAACAAAAUUCUGAAGUAUACUAAAAUUCAAACAUAUGUGGUGGGUUUUGCAUUUUUAAAUAUUACAAUACAUGCUUCUACACUACAAGCCUAAAUUACAUUAUUAUAAUUGACCCAAGAGUGGUAGAAUCUAGGGGUGGAUGGGCAUAUGGGAGAAUUUAAAGUAGCUGCUUGAUGUUUGGCAUGGACUUGAUAGUCUGAAGGACUUGUUUCUGAGCUCUGGCAUGUUAAUAAAAACAUGUUCUGAGUGCUCUUCA